AUGACGGAGGAAGAGUUAUACACGGUGUACAAGGGGGUCUACGUGGUCUCAUCUGUGCACACGCCAGAGAGUCUGAAAUACUUUGAAGAGUUUGUUUUUCGCCCAGAUGAUAUCAUCAUCGUGACGUAUCCCAAAUCUGGUACAAGCUGGAUGAAGGAGAUUGUCCCUCUGAUCAUGAGUGGAGGAGAUCCAACACCUGUUGACACGAUUCUUAACUGGAAUCGUGUUCCCUGGCUUGAAGUGCAGCAGACCACCUCCCUCAAACUUGAACAGAGGCCCUCUCCACGACUGUUGACUACACACUUCCAGUACAACAUGAUGCCACCAUCUUUCUUUGAAGUAAAGCCAAAGGUCAUCUAUGUGAUGAGGAACCCCAAAGAUGUGUUCACAUCGUCUUUUCAUCAUCAUGGCGCGGCUUCCGUUCUGGUGGACCCAGGCCCACAGACCCAGUUCCUCCACAAGUUCCUUGAUGGAAAAGUUAUGUUUGGCUCGUGGUUUGAUCAUGUAAAGAGCUGGCUGAAUGCUGAAGAUGAAGACCACAUCAUGCACAUCUCCUAUGAAGAGAUGAUAAUGGAUCUGAAGGGCUCUGUCUGCAACAUGGCUCAGUUCCUGCAGAAAUCUCUGGACGAUGAAGUGAUAGAGAAGAUAGCCGACCGAUGUUUGUUCAAGAACAUGAAGAAGAACAACAUGUCAAACUUCUCUACUGUUUCUCGUGAAUUACUGGACCAGACAAAGUCUGAGUUUCUCAGGAAAGGAAUUGCUGGAGACUGGAAAAACCAGCUAACCCCGGCAGAAGAAGCGCACUUUGACGCUGUUUACAAAGACAAAAUGAAAGAUGUCAAAUAUACAUUUGCAUGGGAUUAAAUGAGAAUACUUUAACAUUGCCUCCUGCAGCAUACCAUGAUUCUCAGAAAUGAAUAAGCCAUUUCUUAUUCACCACAAAUUGUUUGGUUAAUGAGGUUUGUGGCAGCAGAAUUGGAGAAACACAAACAAACAUUCUUUAAUGUUCUUUUCAUAGACAGAGUCUAAUCAAAGAUGAUGUGUUUGAAGUACUAGGCACGAGCAACCCUCUCUCUAACUUCUUGAUUUGUUCAUAUAACACUGCCUUAACAGAGUUGUUG